CGGUGACAGACGACGCCAAUUUUUAGCUUACAAACUAAUUUCUAGAAGUUUUUCCUUAACAUUUCGGCGAAAAUGGGUAAAGAAAAGAGUGGAAAAUCGUUCAGCAUUAACGAUUUGGUGUUUGCCAAGGUUAAGGGCUAUCCGGCAUGGCCAGCAAAAAUCACAAAGUAUAUCAACAAAAAGUACAAUGUUUACUUUUACGGCACGGGGGAGACCGCCAAUAUAAAAAUCGAGGACCUCUUCCCAUAUGUUGAGAACAAGGAGAAAUUCGCCACCGACAAGAAUAUGAAGCGAGCCAAGUUCAGCGAGGCAAUGGACCAGAUUGAAAGCGCACUCAAGGGGGAGGACUCGGCCCCGAUCGAUUUAUCAAACCCCGAUGAUGGCGGUGCCGACGAACAGACCUCGGCCACCGAAACACCCAUCCCGUCGAAGAACCCAACACCAAUCGAAGUUCCAACUCCGACUCCUGAAGCGGCCGAGACUUCUGCUGCGGAUGCUUCAAGCGUCGGAAACAGCAGCACUCAAAAGAAAGCCGCUGGCUCACGUAAGUCGAAGGGGGCUCCGAAACAUGUGGACGGAGACUCUGAGGAGGCCGGCACCGAUUCGGCUGACGGGCCACCGCCGCAAAAGCGGCGCGUCCCACCGGAAGGCAUAGCUGCGACAUCGACACCACCACCAGCAGCCAACUCCAGCUUGGCCAAGAAAACAGUGAAGAAGUCAAAGCCAACCGCUGCCGUGACACCCAUUCAAAAGCGCUCGCGCCCAGCAAACAAUAAAGAGAAUGACCUUUUGAUGGUAUAUAUGCCGACAGCCAAGUGCUUGGGCAUCGACAUCAACUACAACAAGCCGGAGAGAUUCGAAAGUGCCGCUGCGGAGCAGUCCUGGAUUGAUAAGUCACGCAAUGAGGCCUACGACCUGAAGCUGAAGCUGGAGUCGGGGCAGCUCGAUCCCGACAGCCUGCCCGGGCGCAUCAUCAUUGAGCCAACUCGGAAUGAGAUACCCAAGCAGGAGGCCGCGCGAUUCAUUGAGGAGAUCAUCGAGCACGAGGACGCUUUGUUCAUGGAGCGGGACUUCAUUCAGCUCUCCCAGCAACUGCGCGAGUGCCUGGGACUGCGCCGAGCCAAUGUGGGCAAAUGUCUGGAGAUACUGGACCAGUUUAAGGACGUCGAGUUGACCAAGCUGAUGCUGCUGCGCAAUCCAGAGUGCGUGGACAUAAUGCGUCGUUUGCGCAGAUAUGUCGGCAACCUGGACCUCUGGAAGAUGGACUACUCCGACGAGGUCGAGUUCAAGGAGAAGGCCCAGAUCAUACGUAAGGUGUCCUCGACCAUAUACGACGGGUUCAAGAGCCUCUUCAACUCGGCGUCGGAGGAAGACAACUUUUGGAUGGAGUUCUGCGAGAAGGUCAAAAUCUACAAGAGCUAUACAAAAAACGUGAAUGAGAACCUACGCGUCUCGAUGAACGAGCGUGGCUACAACAGUCUCGUUGAGGCCAAGCAAGGCAAUAUCCCAGCUACCGCUAAAAAAGAUUAAAGUAAAGAAUACAGUAUAAUGUUUUAGCGCCAGUUACUACUCCAUAAUCCAACGAUAUAAUAAGGUAAAACACUCGCACCCGCAAUACAAUGAAUUUUGCGUGUCUGUAUUGGACUAUAAUGAAUUUUUUUAGUUACUCCUAAGCGGCUGAAGCUGAAAUCCAGCACAAUUGAGCUCCAGCUCCAGAACACGAUGAACCCAACAAACAACACAAAGCAAAGUUCUAUUGUGUAAUCGAUCAGAUUACAAAAAGUAGACUCUUAUUUGAAAUAACUUCCUUAUUUGCCUUCAUUUUCGACGACUCUCGACGUGAAAUCAUCUUCAAUUUAUUGGAUAAAUGGAUGAGUGAACCAUGAACAUUCACAUCUUUCGAUCCGUAAAAUUUUAUUUACUAUGUGUGUAGAAAUGUUUGAUCAAGAAUAAAGCUAUAGAUGAUACAUACGUAAAUUA